GAGCAGCAGUGUGACUCUAACUGACCUCAAGUGACCUCACAUUUUUCCAUAAAACAUUAAAAAGCAUCUUCCUACAUCAGCAGCUGAAAAAGAGGAAGUAAAAGCUGCUUCUGCCAAGAAAGAAACUAAGAAGAAAGUCAAAGCUGCUGACACAGUGAAAGAGUCGUCUGUUAAAGAAGAGAAAACCAAACCUUCUACACCGACGAGAAAAGAAUCGGCCGUUAAACGUACUGCACCGUACAAGAGAGAGAAAGCUGUAAAACAGAAGAUGGACACUGCAGCCCUAAAGAAAGAGCCUGAAGCUGCUCGACAGAAGAGGAAGUCGACGGCUGAAAAGACAGUGUCUCCUGUCAAACACAGAGUCAAGGCAGCGUCUGCUAAAAAAGCUGAAGAAGCAGAGCCCCGACCUCAGCCCCUCAGACUCAGACACCGACCGGAGAACAUGAGGAGAGCAAACGUAACGUCUCAGGCCAAAGAAGAGAAACCAGCCAGACCUGCGACUGCACCAGUCAAAUCCAGACCAGAAGCAGCAGCGGAGAAGAAACGCAAAGACAAACAAGAGCCACAGACAAAAGAGCCUCAAAGUGAAGAAAACGCCACAGAGAAGAAGAAACCAGGCCAGAGAUACUUCCAGUGUGUUUAUGUCCCUGGGAAAAACACCCAGUAUCCUCUGAGACCUUUCACACCAGCCAUGUCCCCCGCUAUGAUGUCCCCCACCAUGAUGUCCCCCGCCAUCAAGUCCAUGUUGGAGCAGCAGCGAGCAGCCAGGACUCCGGGACAAUAACAGGAAGAAAACCUCACCGCUCACCUCCAACGCCAGUACAUCUGAUGGUAGUGCACUGCUGGGCCAGCAGGGGGAGACGUACUCAACAUGUGAAGCCCUGAAACUUCAUAGGGACCUCUGCACAGACUGAGAUGUUUUCGUCCAGUUCAACAUGAUUUUUUUUUUCUUCUGUCUUUUGUGGUCGAGCUCCUGGUUUUUCACCACGUUCUGAUCCUUUUAAAUAAACUUUGGUCCAACAUUUGAUUAUGUUUGACACAGGUUCCAUAUGGGACCCUGUCAAACUAUCCCACCAUGUUUAACGGACAUCCGUUAACCAUAUGAAUCUGGCCUAUUCCACCCUGGGCUACAUGUCAAGGCCAAGGAACCUAGAUUUGUUUUCUUACUUUUUCUAUAUUUUUUAUCACAACACAGUAGAAAUAUUUGCUAUUUUUUUCUGAGGAAUUAAAUGUGACAAAUUUGUAUGACCAUUGUUUAAACCCGACAGGACUUAAACAAUGUCUGAUCCAAUAGAUUAAUUGUUGACACUUGUUUGACCUGCUAAGGUCAAAAGGUCAAAUCCCAGGAGCUCCCACAGUAAAUCCCAGCAGCCUCUUUGUCUCCGAGUGUGGACGUCCAUCCGUUCCCUCCGUGUAUUAGCAGGACGACUGUUGGAUCCAUUUUUUUUACCUGCGUUCUUAUUGGUCAAAGGUCAGACGAUGAUGUCAUACUGAGAUCCAGACUCUACGUGUUGUGUUCAGGGACAGGGAAUCUGUGCAGGACAUUUUUAUUGUGACCAAGUCAUGAGACAAUGUGAUGUCUGCUGCAGUAGAUGAAUGUCUUUUUUUUCCUGUCAGGCUUGGUUUUUUAAUGACUUAAUAAUUUGUGGUUACCUCGACCGUGUCUCGCUGCUUUGUUGUUGUUGUUGCUACUGAAACUGCUGAACAUUACCAACCAUUUUGUUCUUUUCUUUCUGUUUGGCUGCCAUUGUCUUACUGAACAAGACCCUAAUAUGAACCUGCAGAGUUUUCCCACUGAGCUCCCAUCCUGAUUCAGCUCCAGGUUGAUCCUGUUUCAAAUGCUGCUGCCCAUUAUGCAGUUCACCCACUAGGGGGCAGUGUUAAGUUCAGAUUUCAUUUCCAAGCUGCCAUCAGUUUCUUAGACCAGUGGUUCUCAAACUGUGGUACGCGUAUCACCAGUGGUACGUGAGCGCUCUCUAGUGGCACGCGGGGAAAUUUCAUAUUUUCACAUUUACAUUUUUAAUUGAAUUAAAUCUGAAAUCUGAAACGUACCAUGUAGAAUUAAUACAACAUUUAAACAUAAUUAUAAACAUGUAUCAACAUCUCUCCUGUGUGGUGGAAGCUAACUAUUCUACUGUUGGUCAUCAUGGUGGUACAGAGUAUAAAAGGUUUGUCUUAGACAAUAACGAACAUGGUGGUGAUUGAGGAGGUGAUGAUGGAGUUCCUCCUUCAUACAGUUUAUACAGUACUGUAGUAAACAGAGCUGAUGAUUGGCUGACACAAGUCUGUCAGUCACUGACUUGAUGGUAACCAGUUGUGUUGGUUUCUGAUGUUAGCAGAGUUAGCCUAGCGCCCACCAAACACGCGCUGAGCUGACGAUUUAGUGUCAAACGAAUUAUCAAUCUUACCACAUACAUCACAUACAUCAUGUAUAUGAUGACAAUAUUCACACAUGAAUGACAAGAAAACCUUUCACACUUUACUGCUGUUGUGUUUGUUGCUAGGCAACACGUGUAAAAGGUACAUGUCAGAUUUUGUAGAAAGACAAUUAAAAGACUAAGCACAGAGAGUCCAUCUAUUUGAAACUGAAAAAAAACAACUCACUUUUUCUUGCUGUGGCCAAUUUCCAGCAGGGGGCGCUGCACCAGACCAGGGACAGUAACUGAACCGUUCUGCUGCAGUUGCGCUUGCACUGACUUGAAUGUGACACAAGAACACAGUGUGGUUUUGUUUUACUGUUGAAUCCAUUGACUUGACCAUUGACUUGAACCUAAACGUGCAGUUCUCUGACCACGCCCCUUAUUUUGUGGUUUGUAAACCAAAUGUGUGUAAAUCAGAGAUUUAUCUAAGACAUUAUUAGUAGUCAUAAACUACUAAGAAAAAAAAGGUUGAAUCAUUUUUUUUUUUAGAGGUUAAUGACCAAUCAAUUUACUGAAGGUCAACGUAAACCAGUCGUCGUUUUUUGUCAUAAUCACAAAUUACGGCAUUGACUUUUAUCGACAGUGUGGAAUUAAAGAAUGAGGACGAUUUGAUAAUACGAUGAUGACAAUGAUGAUGAUGAUGAUGAUGAUGACAAUGAUGCCGAUGUAGGAUGACAAACCUGGUCGAUGUGCAUGGCGGCCUUUUUAAAGGCCCUCUGUGUAACUGCACACAGACACAGUCAGUCCACUGUGUAUAAAAUAGUUGUAGCUUCUUUACUGUGUUUAACAUUAAAAAGACAAAAACAAAACUCACGUGAAUUCACCGUGAUGCCAGAAAAAAAAGACAUUUUCGUGUGUGUGUUUGAUCGUUGUUCCAACACAGGUGGUGAAGAAACAGUGUAAAGUGUGUGUCAGCCGCAUGUAAAAUAAAGCCGAGGGUUUUUCAUCCGCCUGAGUCACGGAGCUGUGAAACGUUGAGUUAGGAAUUCAAUAAAUGUUUGAAGAUAAUUAUAAAAAACAUCUUUGUUUUUAUUUUGUUCAUAUUCAUUUACCUUAAAAUUAAAAUACUACAUUUUGU